AAUUUGACAACUGGAUGAUAUGAACGUAGACUGCAUCAGGUCCAGCUUAUUGCUCACUUUCAGUUCCCAUUUGUCUGGUGAAGUCCGUGCUCGACGGAGUUGCGUGUCUCUCUGUGAAGCAAUAAGAAAAAGUUAACAUUCAUCACAAACUUCAAGAACCAAGAUUCUCAUGCUGCCUUGUUUACAUGAUGGACGGAUAUGUCAUGCCAUCUGCCUCAGAGGAAAUCCUUCCAAAUGAACCUGAGGACUAUCGACCACCUGCCGAGCUGUACCCCUACCUCACUAACGUGGGGGAGAUUUAUGAAGACCAUAGAUGGACCUUCCACUCUGAGCGCCUCCAGCCAGCGGACUUUGACGGUUCUCCAGUGAAUCAUCUCACAGAGCUCCAGUCUGUGUCUCCUCAGCAACUGACGCAACCCUACCGCUACAGCAGCGAGCCCCUGGCCCUUCACCUGGACCCACCGCUCGGCCCUCUCUCUGUGUCACCACAAAUCCCAUAUUACGCCCCAUCCCUGUGCUAUCAGUACCAACCCCCUGCCUCGCCCGGCCAUUACUACUCAGAAGAGGAGCAAAGAGAAAUGAGUCCCCUGCUCGAGGUAUCAGAUGGGGAGGAUGAGUUUGAAGACCACUCCUCCUACAGGAAAGACACUAACAACAAGAAGAAAAUCCGCCUGUACCAGUUCCUCCUGGACUUGCUAAGAAAGGGAGACAUGAGUGACAGUAUCUGGUGGGUGGACCAGGACAAGGGCAUCUUCCAGUUCUCCACAAAACACAAAGAAGUUCUGGCCAGCCACUGGGGUACUCAGAAAGGAAACCGCAAAAAAAUGACCUACCAAAAGAUGGCCCGAGCUCUGAGGAACUAUGGUAAAACUGGAGAGAUCAAAAAAGUGAAAAAGAAGCUGACGUACCAGUUCAGUGAGGCGGUGCUGAGGAACCUCUACCUACAUCAGUAUCCUCACUGAUGAGGGAGCAAAUGCUGUCUGUUAUUACGCUAAAAUCACUAAACUAGCCAAGAUUGUUUUGCCUGUUUGCAAUUUAAGUUAGUUUUUCUACCAAGUUUUCUUGCGUAUUUAUUUGUGAUGUACAACCUGUACGGCAUUUGCUUCCAUAUAAACUGCUUCGUUCCAGACUCAAGUGAAGUUUGUGUGUUUGUGUCUGUGUACGACGAUUAAAGGAUAAUAAAACAUCAGGGACAGUUAAUUUUUUACACGUGUCUAAAUAAAUAUUACACUCUGC